GCCAUGCUGCCGUGGGCCCCACCAGCGCUGCUGGCCCUGCUUCUGCCCGUGCUCCUGACUCAGGGAGAAGCCAGGCGCAGGGGGGGCCUCCGGGCCCAGAACACCUCCGGGCCCGCUCUGCGGCAGCUGUCGGACCACCUCCUGACCAACUACAAGAAGGGCGUGCGGCCCGUGCGGGACUGGAGGAGGCCAACCACCGUGUCCAUCGACGUCAUUGUCUACGCCAUCCUCAACGUGGACGAGAAGAACCAGGUCCUGACCACCUACAUCUGGUACCGGCAGUACUGGACUGACGAGUUUCUCCAGUGGAACCCCGAGGACUUCGACAACAUCACCAAGCUGUCCAUCCCCACGGACAGCAUUUGGGUCCCGGACAUUCUCAUCAACGAGUUCGUGGACGUGGGGAAGUCUCCAGAUAUCCCGUACGUGUAUGUCGGGCAUCAAGGCGAGGUCCAGAACUACAAGCCCCUCCAGGUGGUGACUGCCUGCAGCCUCGACAUCUACAACUUCCCCUUCGAUGUGCAGAACUGCUCGCUGACCUUCACCAGCUGGCUGCACACCAUCCAGGACAUCAACAUCUCCCUUUGGCGCCCGCCAGAAAAGGUGAAGUUCGACAAGAGCGUCUUCAUGAACCAGGGCGAGUGGGAGCUUCUGGGGGUGCUGACCCAGUUUCGGGAGUUCAGCAUGGAAAGCAGCAGCAGUUAUGCAGAAAUGAAGUUCUACGUGGUCAUCCGCCGGCGGCCCCUAUUCUAUGCGGUCAGCCUGCUGCUGCCCAGUAUCUUCCUCAUGGUCAUGGACAUUGUGGGCUUUUACCUGCCCCCAGAGAGUGGUGAGAGGGUCUCCUUCAAGAUCACACUCCUUCUGGGCUACUCUGUCUUCCUGAUCAUUGUGUCCGACACGCUGCCCGCCACCGCCAUCGGCACUCCCCUCAUUGGUAAGGCCUGCUUCUGGGGAAGAGCUCGCUGUGGCCAAGGAAGCCAGGCGUGGGCCCUCCCACCUUCUCUGUGUCUCCCUCCCGCCCCCUCCCCGGGGUGCACAGGUGUCUACUUUGUCGUGUGCAUGGCUCUGCUGGUCAUCAGCUUGGCUGAGACGAUCCUCAUCGUGCGGCUGGUGCACAAGCAAGACCUGCAGCAGCCGGUGCCUGCCUGGCUGCGGCGCCUGGUUCUCGAGCGAAUCGCCCUGCUGCUUUGCCUGGGGGAGCAGCCAACCUCCCAUCGGUGCCCAGCUGCCUCCCAAACCAGCAAGACUGAUGACUGCUCAGACAUGGGGAACCACUGCGGCCAUUUGGGAGGACCCAGGGACUUGGACAAGACCCCGAGGGGCAAAGACAGCCCGCCCCCACCGCCGCGGGAGGCCUCCCUGGCCAUGCGCGGGCUGCUGCAGGAGCUGGCCUCCAUCCGGCACUUCCUGGAGAAGCGGGAGGAGAGCCGAGAGGUGGCCCGGGACUGGCUGCGCGUGGGCUCCGUGCUGGACAGGCUGCUGUUCCGCAUCUACCUGCUGGCGGUGCUGGCCUACAGUGUCACCCUGGUCACACUCUGGUCCAUCUGGCAGUAUUCCUGAGGAGUCCAGCCGAGCGAGGGUGGGGG